UCAUAAAUAAAUACACACUACGGACUGGACUAAACCAAAAAAGACCACUGGAUUUACAGCUGUUCAGUUCCCGGGGAAAUAUCCGUGCUGAAGGAUUGGUGAAGCUGUUUUUUUGCGAAACAUUUUUUUUUUACUUUGUAUAAACAGACAACGGAGGAAAGAAGGUAGAAAAUAAACAUAAACGUCGUUUUUUUCCCUUUUAAAGAGGAAAACAAGAUGGCUGAUGACAGCAACCGAUAACAAGGGCAAAACGGCGCCGUCCCCUUUAAGACCAAAAAGGGUAUAAAAUAUUUUUAUACAAGUUAAUCUUCAGAAUUGGAUACAUUACAUUCGGUGGCAAACGAUUGCGGAAUAAAGGCGUAUAAGUCUAUAUAUGGACACGUAUAUGUCUGCAUUUAUACUUAGGAUGAAACAGUAAAUCACUUUCGUGUAGGGAAUUAUUUCGCGUUGUUUAAACGGAGACAGAUUAUUGUGGUAACUAGCUAGACUGGCGAGGUAAGAGCGAAUAUUCGGAAUAGAUUUCCGAAAGAGACCGUGAAAACAACGUCGAUAAUUUACCCUAUAGCACAUUAUUCAGUCACUUUGUGUGUAUGUGUAUAGAUUACCUAAUGAACUAGCUUCACAAAAAAAUACGUCGUUUUUUUAUGAUUGACUUCCUUGAUGCAGGGGAAUCGAAAGCGUAUAUAAAUUAAUAUAUAAUGCAGUAUGUAAAAUACUAUGUACUUUCGAUGAAUAUAUAGCAAAUGUUUAUUUUCAAGUAAAGGUUUUUUUUGUAUUAUAUAAAAGUAUAUAUUUAGCUAAUUAACAAGAGGGGGGAAGCGAAACGGCAGAGGCCUUGUGUAUAGAUCGAUUUUUUUUUUAUCCGAUCGGUUAGCUAUUAAUUGCGACUCAGCGUCACAUAUUCAGAAGCUGUACUGUAUGUAAUUAUUUCUGGGGGAAAAUAGCCCGAUUGAUGCUGCUACGUGAUACAGGAUAUAAUAAGGGCUUGGCGUACUUUGGAGAGGUCGUCCGUCUGCGAUUAACCGAAAGCCGAGAGGAGAAGCAGGCGCUGGAUCUGCUUUUUGUUUUGCGCGAUAGAUGAAAGCUGUCACCGGCUUAAUCAGAUUUACUGCGGAUACAGUCGGAGCGGCCUGCCUAUUAUGGUAUAUGGGACGAUAAUAAAAGACUGACUAUGCAGUACUGCUACACGGUACCGGUCCGCUUCGCCCUGUCCUUUAAAAUAUAAGCAAGACGGCGGAUCGCCGAUGCGCACUUACGCACCGGUCCGGGGAAAUUUCCGAGUUUACUGUGUAACGGGAAUCCAGCAAGUAAUCCUCCUUUUUCCCUCCCAUCUGCGCCAGACGUAAAUCCAGUCUGGAAAUUUCAGAAUCGUUAUUGUUUGUUGUGCGAUCUGAUCUCCCGAUAAAGAUCUGAUAUUUCUUGCUCAUGUUACCGGAUCGGAGCGGCGUGUGUGACGUUCUGAGCCGCUCUCGCGACAUUGUGAGCCGCUUGUAUGUAACAUCCUUCUGAAUAAUCCUAACCGAUUGCACAUUUCUUGCCCGAUCACUCUCUUUUUUCCGUUUAUUGUGCCUUGCCAGCACAAGUGUAGCUCGGAUUCAUCGGGACGCCGGCGCUUAAGUUGCAUUUCGUGGCAGUUUUGGCUUCGCUCGGGAGAUACGUUAUUAUCCCCGCCUGGUAUUUGAUCUGGGAGAAGCAGCGACGCCUCGUCACUGUACGUUGCUGGAAGUGUUUCCAUAAAAGCACAUAAAUUAAUAUCAAUGAGAGAGUGCUGAAGCUUCUCCAUUUUGACCCCUCCUCUCCGGAAUUAGACUCCGUUUAAUCCCAGAGCUAAAACCCAUAGAUAAACGGACUACAGAUAAUUUUGCUGGGUACCGAUUGUCUCGUGUUCAGGUUUUACUAGGUAGCUAAUUCCGCUGGACUGCUUUGAAACACGGAUUGUUUCAUUGACACAAACCUGGAAAGGCUUGCGGUCCAUCGAGGAGUCUUUUUUUCCAUUUUAUAGAUCCAAUUUAAUCGUCUUCUUCCUGAUACAGAACACUGAAAGUGGGGUAAUUAAUGCAAAAACCAGCCGGAAGUUUCACUAAAGAGCUGCGAUGGCUGAAAACUGGAAAAACUGCUUCGAAGAGGAGCUGAUUUGCCCGAUCUGUUUGCACGUUUUCUCGGAGCCCAUUCAGCUGCCAUGCAAGCACAACUUCUGCCGCGGAUGCAUCAGCGAGGCCUGGGCCAAAGACACGAGCAUGGUGCGCUGUCCUGAGUGCAACCACGCCUACAACCAGAAGCCCAGCCUGGAGAAGAACCACAAACUGUCCAACAUAGUGGAGAAGUUUAAUGCGCUGAAUGUGGAGAAAAGCCCCGCAGUGCUGCAGUGCAUCCUGUGCAGACGAGGGCCGCCGCUGCCGGCGCAGAAAGUGUGUCUGCGCUGCAACGCCCCCUGCUGCCAGUCCCAUGUCCAGACGCACCUCCAGCAGCCCUCGUCCAACCCGGGCCACCUGCUGGUGGAGGCCGACGAUGUGAAGGCUUGGAGCUGCCCGCAGCACGACGAGUACCGGCUGUACCACUGCGAGGCGGAGCAGGUGGCUGUCUGCCAGUACUGCUGCAUCUCCCGGUGUGCAGCUAGCCACGGGCAAGCCGUCAGCGAUGUGGAGGUCCGGCGCAAUGAGAUCAGGCAAAUGCUCAUGAAACAGCAGGACAGCAUUGAAGAGCGAGUGCAGGACAUCGAAGAGCAGCUCUACAAGUUAGAGUCAGACAAGUGUCUGGUGGAGGACAAGGUGCAGCAGCUGCAGGAGGAGGUAAGGAUGCAGUACCAGAAGAUGCACCAGCUCCUGGAGGACGAUCUGGGCAAGACUCUGGAGGCCCUGGACAGGGCCCGGGCCCGCUUCUGCCAGGAGAACUCAGCCCAGGCCCUGCAGCUGAACGAGAGACGCCAGGAGGCCAAGAAGCUGCUGAGCUCCGUGCAGAUGGUCUUCGACAAGGCGGAGGACAUCAACUUCAUGAAGAACACAAAAUCUGUGAAAAUAUUAAUGGACAGGACUCAGACUAGCGUCGGAAGUGCUCUACCUCCUCACAAAGUGGGCCACCUCAACUCCAAAAUCUUCCUCUCUGAGAUCUCCAAGAAGGAGAAGAACUUGCGCAAAAUGCUUGAAGUUCCAUUCAGUGCCCCGGCCAGUUUCCUGCAGAUCAUCCCAGCAUACUCCUGCAACCUGAACAGUCUCGGGGCCGAGAAGCGCAAGCACACGGCUGCCUUCCCUGAUGGCUCCGCCCCCGGCUUCCUGGAGCCGCCGUCCGGCACCGCAGCCAAGCAGCCGUACCUGGGCCAGGGCACGGCCGGCUCGGGGGAGGGCCAGUCCUCACAACCCAUGGUGCCCUGCAGUUCUGCCCAGCACAUGGUGGGCCUUGGGGGCGGGGCUGGUGGUGGGAGUGGUGGGGGUGGGGCCAGCGGGGGCACCGCCCCACAGCCGGUGCAUCACUCGGGCUCUGUCUUCGCGCCCUCGCACUACCCUGGGGGGCAGUAUGGCAGCGGGCGCAAGAUCCUCAUGUGCACGGUGGACAACUGCUACUGCUCCGCUGUGCCCUCGGUGUCGAGCCACCGUGGGCACACGGCGUACCCGCGCUCGGGGUCCUUCCCCUGGACGGUGAGCUCGCAGGAGUAUCCGCACCCACUGCCCGCUGCAGCCUCCAUGCCGCAGUCCCUGCAGGGCCUGUCCGUACGGGAGUGGCUGGACGCCUCGCAGAGCCACCGGCACCCUGACUUCUAUGGUCUCUACGGCCAGUCCUCCACCAAGCACUACGUCACCAGUUAACCCUUCCGCCGCCGGCCUGCACAGGAUGCCCACUGGAGUUCCUCUCUGAGGGUUUGUUUUUUUUUUGCAUUCCGUGAAACAUCUAAAGGGCACAUGAGCACACACACACACACACACAUUCCCAACCCGCCCCCCCACUCCGACAGAGUGUUGUGCCCCUGUGUGUGUGUGUGUGUGUGUGUGUAUGUGUGUGUGUGUGUGAGAAGUGAUUCCCAUUUAGGUUUUUUUCUCCUUUACUAAAUCAAGAAGCCUCGUCUCUCCUUUCAGUCUGGCAUCACCCAACAACGGUCUGCUGUUUCUUUAAAUUAAGCCGCUUUCUUGACAGUUUAGCAGAUCUUAUUCCAGAAUAAUAUUGUGUUUGUUUACAGUCUGGCUUAAGCCAUUAUUAUUAUUAUGAUAAUUAUUAUAAUUAUUGUUAGUUUAUAUAUAAGGGUUCUCAUAAUUAUUAUCAUCACCGUGCUAACCUAUUCAAGAUGGCCGCCUUCAUCAUGUCCUCCCGAGUCCUCGCUGGAAGGGUGACAGGGUAGCGGGCUUCAGCCCAGGGUUGGGGGUCGCCUAUGUCAGUCAGUGUCCUGUUAAAGCCACCUGGCAGAGUGAGGCUUUGAUCCCAUCCCGUAACCCCCACCCCUUAGUGGUCUGCAAGCCCAGGACCCCCCACCCUCCACCCACUCCUUCAAUCAUUUUAUUUAUUUAUUUUUUUUUAAGUUUAACUCUGAUAAGGAAAGAAAAAGCUUUUUUUCCCGUCAUAUUUUAUAAAGUUAACCUUGAAGGGACUCCCAACAAAGUGGACUGAAAACUCGUUACAGCCUCAAAUUACUCACAAAGACUCUACACAAAAGACUUAGAUGGUGUGUGAGCGGCUCGUGCUGAAUGCAAAGAAGCUCAUUCAUGGACUACACAGACGGGAGGGGGAGGGAAAGCGCUUCAGCAUCUGAGAUGGAUGCUGUUAUUAUACUUCCUGCAGAUUGAUGUCACUUCCUGCACCAAGCACAUGACUUCAUGACUUCCUGUUUGUAGCUGUAAGCAUGUUGGGAAAGGCACUCGCGAUUCUUGCAGUGUGGCGAGAGUGUGUGCAAGGGAGGGAGGGGGGCUGGGUGUUGGAGUGGGUGAAGUUUUUUCAUGACUUUUAUAUAAAAAAAAAUGGACUGGACUGCUCAACCUGUAUAAAAAAAUGGUCAAUAUGCUUCAGAAAGAGCAAUUAAAAAGUUGACUGACAAAAAUGUAUACAAGAUCUUUUUGUAAAUAUUUUGUGAAACAAAAAAAAAAGCAUAUGUGAUUUGGAAAAAAGUUCCAAAUAAAUUGUGGUUUCAAAUAAAUGAAAGCAAAAUGUCA